CAUGUUAGGUCGGUUUCCGUAUGACGUCAUCGCAAACGCGGAAGCUGAUUUUACGGUGACGUUUCGGGGCGUGUUAGAAAAAAAAUAUAUAUAAACACUUUUUUUGACAACCGUCUGAGUAUUCUUUGACCACCAGAGGACACAAUAGACCGUCUGUCAAUACAAUGGCGUCGUCAGCAGACAAUCUAUCCAAAGCUAACACGUCCUUCUGCUUGGAUCUGCUGAGAAGGUUGAGCGACAAUGACAAGACUGCAAAUGUCUUCUUCUCCCCUUUCAGCAUCUCUUCAGCCCUCGCCAUGGUGAUGCUGGGGGCUUCUGGCAACACAGCCUCACAAAUGUCAGAGGUUCUGUAUCUCACUGAAGCAAAGUCCCAACAGGCAAAAGCACAAGAUAUGCAAAUGCAGCAGCAGGUCCAGUCCAGUCUGCCAAUGUUUCUGCAGAAGAUAAAAAUGAGUCUGUUGAGCCUACUUUGGACACCCCUGGAAGAAGAUACAGUUCUGAAAACCAAAGGCCAUGAUGAAAUCCAUGCCAGCUUUGCCGAAUUGCUGCUGAAACUAAACAAUCCAAAAGCACUUUAUGCCCUAAGUGUUGCCAACAGGCUGUAUGGGGAGCAGUCCUACCCAUUUGUUGAGGAUUUCUUAGCACAAACUAAAAAGCACUACAGAGCGGAGUUGGAGUCUGUGGACUUUAUAAAAGGACAUGAGGCAGCCAGGGUCAACAUCAAUAAAUGGGUGGAGAAGGAGACACAAGGUAAAAUUACGGAUAUACUGAUCCCAGGUGUGUUGGACAACAUGACUAGGCUGGUGCUGGUCAAUGCCAUCUACUUUAAAGGCGACUGGAACCAGAAGUUUAAAGAGAGUUCAACACGUGACGCUCAGUUUAAGAUUAACAAGAAUGCAACCAAACCAGUGAAGAUGAUGCACCAAAAAUCAAAAUUUCCUUUGACUUACAUCCCUGAAGCCGGCUGUCAGAUCUUGGAGCUGCCUUACAAAGGAAAGGAUCUCAGCAUGCUCAUCUUUCUCCCCAUGCAUAUGGAGGACGACUCCACUGGUCUGGAGAAGAUAGAGAAGCUACUGACAUAUGAGAACUUUGUGGAGUGGACUCGUGCAGAGAUGAUGGAUGAAGUUGAGGUCCAGGUGGGCCUCCCACGAUUUAAAAUGGAGGAGAAGUACAACAUGAAGAAUGUCUUGCUCAGCAUGGGGAUGUCAGAUGCCUUCAACAUGUCGAACAGUGAUUUUUCUGGCAUGUCUCCUGCCAACGACCUGUUCUUGUCAGAGGUGAUCCACAAGGCCUUUGUGGAGGUGAAUGAGGAAGGAACCGAGGCUGCUGCCGCCACCGCCGCCGUCAUGAUGUUACGCUGUGCCUUGCGAACACCUGAAUUCAUCGCUGACCACCCCUUCCUAUUCUUCAUCCGCCAUAACCCGUCCAUGAGCGUGCUUUUUGCAGGCAGAUAUUGCUCCCCCGUGUGAGCUUAUGUUCCUCCGCUACAUGUUAACCACUUGAGGAAGAAACCCUGCUAACAUCCUGAGUGAUUCCAGGAUGCUUCUGCUUUUAACCACAUGUGCCUGCCUGUCAGGCGUUCAAUCACUGCCUAUUCAGGUGCUCAUUCAACACUUUCACAGGUGAUGAAUUGUUAAUUGCAGCGCUAUAUGCUGAAUCAUUUGCACUCUUUGCUUUAUUCAAGUUGGGUUUAAGAAAACAUAUCCUGCAGUGUUUGAAUCUGCUAGGCUCAUUUUUUGACAGUGAUGGACAACAUGUUGGUGUUUUUGACCAAAGAGAAUGAUAAAAUAAAAUGUUCUGUACAGUUAAA